AUGCGCACCCCAGGCCUAGCCUUGGUGGGCGGCGGCUCCCCGGUUGCCUCUUUCGACUACGAGUCGGAUCAUAAGGCUAUCGAGUCCUUCCUCGAAAAGAUACAAGUCGACAACAACACCUUCGGGCAGGUAAAGGCAGCUGCCGGCCUUGCCUCUAGGGAUCCAGUUGCCGAUCUUGUAGGUGGUAAUGGAGAUCCAAUCGUUAGUGACGAUCUCAAGGCUGAAGCCUUAGCGGAUCAUCUCCAAGGUGGCUUUUCCUCCGCAGCUGUUCCGGUUGUCGAUUCCUUCAGUAGUUCGGUACUUCGAGCUGUUGAGGGAAUUGAUGAUCGGACACCUCUGGAAACUUUCAGUGGGUCUUUUGCUGCAGAUGGCUCAUCGAUCGAUGACUCUGCUCGUUGGGAUGCGGCUGGUUUUGUUCGCCCUGAACAUAUUGGCAGCGCAAUCGCUCGCCGCAGGGCCAAAAAAUCCAGCGGUUUAGACCGUAUCCCGGACACCGCCCUGAAAUUGGCUGGGAAUCAAAUUGACGAUAUUGUCGUUAUGGCUGCAACAAUAACCCACAUUCCAACAGCAUCAGUAACAACAACAACAACGAAAACAAUACCAACAACAACAACCGGUAGUGAAGCUGAAUUUACAUCAGCAGCAGGAGCAUUAUCAUCAUCGUCGUCGUCGUCAUCAUCAUCAUCAGUGGCAUCAAGUGCACCAAGGACAGGAGGAACAAGUACAUCAGCAUCAUUGUUAUCGCUAUCCACUUUGGCAUUGCCACAAUCAUUCCCAGCGUUGUGGGAAACGAGUACUGCAAAUAGUACAACAAAAUUACUCAAUUUAUCUGCAAACACAGCUGAUGCAAUAACGUCGG